AUGCCCAAUAAGCUACGAGAUGACCUUCACAAGAUCGACACCAGCUCUUUUGACUAUAUCUACGAAGAGAAUGCUACGAUUCAGCUGAAUGACGGGCGCGGCAUUGUCCGUUGCAACGUAUUCAGGCCGAAAGCGCCCGAAGGAGCAAAGUUCCCUGUCCUGGUAACGUAUGGGCCUUAUGGCAAGGACGUCCACUACUCGGUGUUUCACGCCGCUUCGUUUGCAGAGGUUCCGGAAGAACACCAUUCACCACAUUCUGCAUGGGAGACACCUGACCCUGGAUACUGGACUCGACACGAAUAUGCAAUUGUACGGGCCGACGAGGUUGGUCUCGGUCAAUCACCAGGUGUGCUCAACACCAUGUCCAGAGAUACGAGCCUUUGUUUCGUGGACGUGAUUGAAUGGGCAGCCUCUCAGCCAUGGUCUUCAGGAAAGGUUGGUCUCCUUGGGAUCAGCUAUUACGCCGGUAGCCAGUGGCGAGUUGCCGCGCGACGCCCUCGAGGCCUUGCUUGCAUGAUCCCCUGGGAGGGCAUGAGCGACUAUUACCGCGACCGUUGUCGUCACGGCGGCAUCUUGUCAAACACCUUCAUUGAUUUCUGGUGGAAUCGACAGGUCAUUGUCAACCAGUAUGGACGGCCUGGGAGGGCUGCACGAAACUGGGGCCCAGAUACCAUCGAAGGCAGUUUGGAUGAGGACGAACUUCGCGCCAACUGCCAUGACCAGAACGUAGACAACGUCAGGAACCGCUUCGUCGAUGAUGAGUACUAUGCGAGCAAAGACUACAAUCUGUCGGACAUAGAGGUGCCCUUGCUCUCCGUUGGAAACUGGGGUGGCAUCCUCCUCCACCUUCGAGGCAAUGUUGAAGGGUUCCUGAAUGCUGGGUCCAAGCACAAGUACAUCCGAUUCAUCACUGGUCGUCAUGACCUUCCAUUCUACACUAAGGAAUGUGUGGACAUGCAACGGAGUUUCUUAGACGCCUUCCUCAAAGGACAUGAUCCUCUGGGGUGGUCAUGCGACAAGCAACCAAAGGUUGGGUAUAAAGUCAGAAUAGGCGACGUCGGUUUCAACGAUGCCGCCGCCGAGAGUGCUUAUCCCACACGGCACGCAGAGGACUGGCCAAUCCCCGGUACGCAGUAUACGCGUUGCUAUUUGACGCCUAGCCAAGGUCUUAUCGAGUCUCCCUAUGCUGGGGAUGUGAGAAAGUUGUCGUACGAGGCCUUAGGAGAUCUUAAGAACCAACAUCUUAUCCGGUUUACCAGCGAACCGUUCAAGCAGGAGACCGAGUUCACAGGCCACUUCAUGGCACACUUGAAUGUCUCCGUUACUGCAACGGAAGGUUCGACGAGCAAGCCGAGCGACAUUGACCUCUUUAUCACCAUCCGACAUUUGAACGCCCAAGGGAAAGAGAUCCUAUAUACCGGCACUGUUGGAGAUCCCGUGCCUGUGACCAAAGGCUGGCUCCGGGCCAGUCUGCGAAAUGUCAACGAUAAAAGCCCGAGACACAAACCAUGGCAUCCUCAUCGCGAGUACCUGUCUACUGAUCAUGCACCACUUACCCCUGGACAGGUGUAUCCGGUGGACGUGGAGAUUUGGCCGACCAAUGUCGUCCUGUCGCCUGGAGAUCGUCUGGUGCUGGAGAUAUCCUCGGGCGAUACGCAAGGUGCAGGCUUGUUUGAGCAUAAUUCGAAGGAAGAUCGAGACGAAGUGACUUUCGGCGGCGUGAAUCAUGUUCACUUUGGGAAAGAGCAUCAGAAUUGGCUAUUGAUGCCUUUGAUUCCGGCAGGCCAACCUUCAGAAUAG